AUGCAGCCAUUGCCGUACUACCAAUCCGCCUAUCCAAAUACCGCGUCUUACUCGAGCAAUCCCUCGUACUCGACUCAUGGAUCACCCGUCCCAUCCUCGGUAAUGGCUACUCCCAAUCCCAUGAUGCCCCAACCCAACAUGACCUCGUUGGCUCAUCCUGUUGGUACCACGGCGCCCGGUAUCUCCAAUGAAACGACGACAGCAACAGCAGCCCCUACAGCCCAACCUCCCAAGCGUAAGCAAGUUAAGAACGCAUGCACCAAUUGUCAAAAAGCUUGCAAGAAGUGUGAUGAUGCUCGUCCUUGUCCUCGUUGCAUCAAGUAUGGAAUUGCUGAUACUUGCGUCAACUCGGUGAGAAAGGAACGUAAGAAGGGUAUCAAGCGUGGUCCUUACAAGAGAAGACAAAAAGAUGGUGACUCUUCCUCGACAUCCUCUACUCGCAAGGCUGAUGAUCCAUUGAUGGCUGGUCAACAACAGAACCCCUAUGCUGCAGCUAUGAGACAUCCUACUAUGCCUUAUAGUCCCUAUACCAUGAAUCAAUAUGGCCAACCUACCUAUGAUCCUUAUGGUUCGUACGCUGCUGCAUAUCACAAGGACCACAUGUUGCCCCAAUCGUAUGUCGUCAACCCGGUGUAUUCUUCCUUGGGUUAUCCAAUGUUCAUGCCCACCACUGGUGCUUCGAGCAGUGAUAGUCAACAACAGCAACAACAAUCACAAUCGCCACAACAAUCGAAUGCCACUCCUGCCACUGCUACGGCCUCUUCAGCUUAUCAACAUUAUGUUGGUUAUAUGCAGCAUCAUCAGCAAUCCACUUCAAGAUAUGGUGAUCAUCUCAUUCAUUCCCAACAGCAACAACAACAACAGCAUCCAUCGCAUCAAGGCCAUGGUUCUACUUCGCCUGCUGCUGCUCAUUUGUAUUAUCAACAUCCAUCUCAAGCACAGCAGCAACAACCACAACAGCAAGGUCGUUUGAGUCCUCAAUUGCCUGAUAUCAAGAGUGAAUCCCAUUCGUCUUCGCCUGUUGCUGCAAAUGCAGUGCCUGGUAGCUUCAUGAAGGCUCAAGCUAUGACACCUAUCCCAAGUGCCUCUACAUCUUCUGGUACAACUGCAUCUCCAGCUGAACCCAAUGAAGAGGAUGCUCGUCUUCCUCAGCUUUGCAAUGUGGCUCUUCAAAACAGUGCUACUACCGCUUCAUCAAACGAUCAGCCAUCCUCCAACACGGCUUCGCCCACUAAUCCUCAACAACACUCAUAA